AUGGACCUGCACGAAACUCAGCGUCUGGGUCCUCGAGAAAUUGACGACUUGGUUGAGGACUGGGCUCCGGAACCUCUUGUUACGCCUCCUUCGCCGCGGGAUGAGGCGGAAGUCGAGAAACGGGUUGUGCUUGCUGGACCAACGGGCCCGAAAUCAAAACUCACCAACGGCCGCACCGUGAUCAACCUCGCAUCCUCCAACUUCUACAACUUUGUCGCGAAUGAGAACCUCAAGGAGAAAGCCAUCCAGACUCUCCGCACAUACGGCGUCGGCCCCUGCGGACCACCGGGUUUCUACGGGACUCAGGACGUGCACAUACGUACUGAGGCAGACAUUGCAGCCUCCCUCGGCGUGCCUGCCUGUAUUGUUUAUGCGCAAGCGUUCUCCACGAUAUCUAGUGUUAUCCCAUCGUUCUCUAAGCGUGGUGAUAUCAUUGUUGUGGAUAAAGGUGUUAAUUAUGCGAUUCGGAAGGGCAUACAGAUCUCGCGGAGCGCGGUGCGCUGGUAUGAGCAUAAUGAUAUGGAGGAUUUGGAACGGGUGUUGAGCAAGAUUACGAAGGAACAGGCGAAGAAGCCGUUAACAAGGCGAUUUAUUAUUACUGAGGCGCUGUUUGAGAGUAGAGGAGAUAUGGUGGAUUUGCCGGCCAUUAUUGAACUCAAACUCCGCUACAAAUUCCGAUUAAUUCUUGACGAGACAUGCUCGUUCGGCGUCCUGGGUCGCACCGGCCGCGGAAUCACAGAACACCAAAACGUCGAUGCGACGGAAGUCGACAUGAUCGUCGGCUCACUAGCCGGUCCCCUUAUUGCAGGAGGAGGCUUCUGCGCUGGGUCAGAGGAGAUUGUCCACCACCAACGCAUCUCCGCCACUGCGUACUGCUACUCUGCCGCGCUUCCCGCCUUGCUGGCCACGACGGCUAGUGAAACCAUAAUCCUCUUGCAGAAUAGCCCCGACCUUAUCACGCAGCUGCGGGAGAAUAUUAAGGCGAUGUGGCUGCAACUAGACCCCCGGAGUGACUAUGUCUACUGCUCAUCCGCGCCGGAGAAUCCCGUUAUGCACCUCGUGCUGAAGCAGAGUGUUGUUGUGGCGAAGAAGCUGUCGGUUGAAGAUCAGUUUUACUUGUUCUUCUUUAUCAUUCCUCUCUGCUUUGUUUUGUUUCGUCUGCUUUUGUCAUUUGCCUCCUUUCACUCCCAGGACUUUUCGUUUCUACUUAUUCUUCUUUCUUCCCCCCCGGCUCCUCUUGAGGGAAAAGAUGGCGGGGGUGGCGGGGAUGAGACUGGCGCAGAUAUACGUGUGAGCUGGGUUUGCCGAAAUCUCUCAAGAGCUUCCGGCUCAGAAGCUCUCGCCAAUGGCGUCCUCAUUACCCGUAGCAGAGGCGAUAAGACUCGUUGUGGCGUUGGACAUCUGCAAAUGGCUAUCGAUAUCUAA